AUGUCUGAGUCUGGUCUCCUCACAUCUUCAAUUCAAUACGGAGUAGUGGCUCGCUCACUUCCCCUCAGCGGCAAAGUUCUUAAGGGGUACCUCGAUGCUGCCGGAACAGGAUUGGGUAUAGGAAAUCCUAAUGUUGAAUUUACACCCAACGUCUCUACCUGCAGUCUCACUUCCGAUGGUGGCACUGCCAGGGCUAUCUGGGGAAAGCGUAACGGGGAAGUGGCGGUGACUACGGCUGCUCGGGUCAUGGAUCCUGGGCGUGCAUCUUCAAAGCUAGUUAGAUGCAAAGUCGAAGAUCAUCAUGAUGGCGUUGUGAACGAGAUUGCGUUGGAUCCUGCUGUUAACCGAUUUGUAUCCGGAGGCGCCGACGGGCAAGUCAAGUUGUGGGAUACCAAGACGGUUGUGUGCUUGUGGUCUAGUGACAAGCAGCUCCAAUCGCUUGUGGUCGAUCCGUUCCUUAAGGUAUCUUCUGCUCUUGCAGAUGGCAUCAUCGCAGGUGCUUUAAGUAGUGGAGACAUUAUCUUCUGGACAUCGUCCCGACAAGUCCAUUCGGACGACUUAUCCAGCCCGGCAUCGUUUGCACAACAUCGCAUCGUGUCGCCCAUCUCCAAGGGGCAACUAUCUCCCCAGGAUGCAUUCAUACCCAAACCUCAACCAACUGUGCUACGUGUCCGUCGUCGCUCACAGACAACAGCAGCGCUACUCAUCGGGUACUCCGAUCACUCGUUCUUCUAUCGUAUUGUAGUUGACCUCACAUCCGGCAAAUACGAAACUACCGCAUUUGGUGAUCCUUCAUUCGGACACAACUCCAUCAUAGAACCUGUCUUUGCAGCUCAGCCAGAUGAUUGCAAUUUCAUCAUUACUGGUGAUUUGCUAGGUUCCGUUGGCAUUUAUGAUUGGGACACCCCUCAAACAUCCUCUUCCGUCGUACCCUCCCGUAGAUUCGAGGCUCACGAGGAUGACGCCGUGACUGCGCUUGCUUGGAGCUCGGUCGUUUUUGCCACAGGCUCUGCACGCGGGACAACGACGGUAUGGGACGCGCUCACCUUGGAGCCUCUUAGGUUGUUUUCGUCCCCGGUUCCCCGUACUGGACCGGGCCGCGAAGUUGGAGGUGUCAGCAAGAUUGUGAUUGAGAAAGAACUUUUAGUCAUCAUUGCUGACAAUAGGGUGAUGUCAUGGAAGGUGGGACAAGUACACCACCGUGAUGCUCCGCACAAAAGCAAACAUGCUCGUGCGAAUAGGAACCCAACUUCCAAAGGACAACAGCGAUACAAUCUGCACAAGGUCAUCAACGAAUCCAAACGUGAAUUAGAAGAGGAUAAUACAUAUGCGCGGCAUACCAUGGGGCGAGAAAGCGAGCAACGUUCCACUCUAAACGUGCUUGGACUGUCGGAAUCAGAGGCAGUAGAAUAUGUUUUGAUGCUCUCCCGCGAGGAAGAGGAGCAUCGCCGAGUUUCCCAUACCCUCGAUGAGGGUGUCUUCGAGGUUGACUUUGAAGACGAAACUUUCUUGCCAGUCGCUUCAAGUUCUUUGACAGCGGGUGGUUCUGCCAACCAGUCUUCUCCCAGUUCUAUCUAUUCCCGUACCUAUCCACGCGCCGCCCUUCCCAUGACCAAUAAGAAAGUACAGGUGUCUCCUGUCUUCGUCCCGGAACCUAUGGAAGCUGGCGUUACCAUAAGCCCACUCAGGAUACCUACAUCCCUGCCCGGUUCUUCGACGGGUACAAGGUCUUUGCCGGAAGUGGCUCGCAGCGCGUCGUCCUCUUUCGAACACUUUCCCUCGAUCAGCUCUAGCAUCUCCUCAUCGACCAGCAGCCUAGAGCAUAUUCGUUCUGCUUGGAGUACACCCUUACGGUCGCCGCCUUCAUCCCAUGGAGCUUCAUCCCCACAUGUUGGCACACCUAUCUUGCGCACGUCUAGUGCCUCGUUUUCUUCGAGCAUGGAAAUUCAUGAUAGGCGGUCCGAGGGAGAGCUCCUGGCGCCUCUGGAUUCAGACGAAAUGGAUGAGGAUUUGAAAUUUGCGAUUGAGUUGAGUCUUGCGGAAGCGCGUAGUCGAGGCGAGGUUUGA